GUCCGAAGCCGGUGGAGGAGGCUCUGGCUGUUGCGGCGGGUCCGUUCGAUUAUGGGCCAUGUGCUGAUGUGGGUGCUUGAAAUGUUGAAAAUAACAAUUUGUGAAGACUUUGCCAUCUAGAUGCUUAACUGGAUUAAACGCUUAAUUAGGAUGGUUUGCGAACAAGUUGGAAUAAGCAUGGAUUCAGUACUCUGGUCAGGCAAACCAUAUGGUUCAUCUCGAAGUAUUGUAAGAAAGAUCGGUACUAAUUUAUCUCUGAUUCAGUGUCCAAGAGUUCAAUUUCAGCUUACCAGUCAUCUGACAGAAUGGAGCCCUAAUGAACACCAAGAGGAUGCAGUGGCUUCUUUUGCUGAUGUAGGAUGGAUUGCCAAGGAAGAAGGAGAGGUUUCCACAAGGCUACGAACAGAGGUUGGGGCAAAGCAGGCCCCUCCAGAUGAACUUCAUUUCUUUGGAAAGCUCCCAAACAGACAGGUUUCUUUACCAAACUUCUCCCAGGAGGAUCCAGAGCCCACAGUGACAGUUCUAGCCAAUGAGGAAGCAUUGCAGAAGAUCAGUGCCCUCGAACUUGAACUGGCUACUCUCCGAGCACAGAUCGCCAAAAUCGUGACUUUGCAAGAACAGCAGAGUCUUGCUUCAGGUGGCUUAAGUCCCACUGCACUUCCAGGUGUCCCCGAAUCAUCCGCUGCCCCACCACCACCAGUACCUCCCCCACCGCUGCCCCCACCACCACCGCCACCACCUCCUCUUCCUUCAUCAGGACUACACCAAAGUGUAUCUGCUAUCGAUUUGAUUAAAGAGAGAAGAGAGAAGAAAACUAGUGCUGGAAAGAUUUUGAUAGAAAAUACCCCAAAGAAGCCUGAAGUGCCAAAUAUGCUAGAAAUCCUAAAAGACAUGAACAAUGUAAAACUUCGGUCUGUGAAAAGAUCAGAGCAAGACCUAAAACCCAAACCGGUGGACCCUGCCGAUCCUGCAUCUCUAAUCGCAGAAGCUUUGAAAAAGAAAUUCGCUUAUCGGUAUAGAAGUGACAGCCAGCCUGAAACGGAGAAGUCUAUCCCAGCGUCUGAAUCGAAGCCCACCUCAGAAACGAUGUUGUUUGGGCCACACAUGUUGAAGUCUACAGGAAAAAUGAAGUCUUUAAUUGAAAAUGUCUCACAUUCCCAAGUCGACACUAAGUAGAAGGAAAAGACUAUUUUGUUGAACUGUUGUUUAGUUAGAGUUAAAUAAGGCUGGUAGAAAUCAACAUUAUUUAGUAAAUCCUUUUAUGUUCAGUGGCUGCCUGUGAAACCAAAAAGUAAAUUAAACCAUGACAAAAAUACUAUUUUCUCUUUCUGAAAGAUGGUCUAUGGAGCCACUCAUGGAAUGUAUGGAUUCCGACAGGUUUUAAUAUAUCCAAGUUGCUUGGGUUCAAAUUGUCCAUUCUUUUAAAAAAAAAAGUUUAGAUUUCAGAACAUUUGUGGAUAUUGCUCUGAGGUUUUAAUUCCUAAACACUAAUUUAUCUGUACAAAUGUUUUAUUUGCAUGUAUUUGACAGAUUUAAAACAGUUUGUGAUGAUGGCAAUGAAGUACUGUUAAGUUAUCUUCAUUCAUAUUAAAUAUUAAUUUUGUCUACAAUGAUGGAACAGCUGGUAUAACAUAAGUUGUUGCAGUGAAACAUUUAAUUUGAGAUUUGAAUCUUCUUGCCUGGAACAGAGAUCCAGGUUUACUUAGAACUCUCAUUUCUCUCUCAUGCUUGUUGGGAGUUAGAGGUCAGAAAGUAGCAAGAAGACACUUACUGCUGAAAUGUGUCAAAAUGCUCAUUUUUGAAGUUGAAGUGGAUGACCUUGAAGGCUUCUUUCGUCUCAAUGUCACCCAGUACCAAGUGAAAAAGAUGCCAGAGAAAGCAAGGAAUCAAGUUAGCUUAUGACACAGAAUCUUUUUGUUUGGAAAGACCAGAAUGCAUUGUUGUAUUGUUUUCCCCUUUUGAUGGCUCAUUGUUCAGUAAAUAAUUCUGAAAUGUCCACACAAUGGAGGAUUUUUAAAAAUGUAAAUUUCACAAAUCCUUGUAAAAAUGUAUGAUGCUUGAGUGUUUCAGAAAGUGUUUGGUUGUUAGUGAACUUAGUAGGUAGGGUAAGGAGUUGUUGAAUCUAGCAGGAAGGGAAGUCACUUCCCAUGUAAAUCAGUAUAUAAUUGGGCACUGUGCUGUUUCCUAGGACAAUAUUAAAAAGCAGAAAUCCCUGAUAUUAAGGUUAACUACAUUCUGCAGUUUUAAGAUACAUUUCCUACUCACAGCCCUUGACAUCCGUAAUAGCUCCAAUAGUGCUGUCUCGACUUGACAAACUCAGCUAGAGUCAAUGCCUAAAAAAAAUCUUCAACCAUGACUUUUUUUUUUACUCAUUGAAGUUAAAAUUCUAAUCUCCAAGGGAAGAUCCUGCACUUCUUUGGGCGGGGGGAGGUGGUGGAAGGGAGUUUUCAUUUUUAAAUUAUUUUAAAAUGGGCAAUGGCCUCCUAUAAAGAAAGUUUUGUUAAUGUAUAUGCCAUGGUCUUCAAGGGCUUUAUUCAGAUCUAAUUUUGAACUGUAACUACUUAAUUUAAUAUGCUGUUAACAUGCAUUUUACAGUUGUAUCUGUUUUAUGUAUUUUAAGAGGCUACCCUUUUAAAAAAAAUUCAGAGCACCUACUUUCAUAAGUAUUUUGGCCUUCUGAGAGGUAUAUAUUUGUACUGGUAUCGAACUUAGGCCCGUGCCCAGAUUUGAAGACAUUACUAUUUUCAAAUAAAGCAAACUGUUUUGUUUCUA